CCCGUCUGUUUCAUUGAAAGUAGCUUCAUUCCUUCACAGUUCAAAUGAGCGUGAUCUUGCAAGGCCAAUGCCAAUGGCGUCGUUUGAAAGCCAUGUGAUGCAUAUUGCAAGACCGAUCGUACGUUUUUGUUCUCUAUAAUUUACGGUUUUCGCUCGUUUGUUCCUUCUCCAUUCUGGUUCGUCGAUUUCUUUCGUUUAAUUAUUGCUCUUCCUCCUCAAUUUGAUAAUCGUAUUGGCAGUUGGAUUGAACUCUUCGUCGUAUGUAUGAGACUCUGAAUUGAUCCCCUCCGCUUUGCUCCUGGCACAUUAUUCCACUCGCUGCUUUCAGAUUCAAGCAUGGCUCAACAGGAAGAUGGAUGGCCGGGCUUACGGCUAAUGAACGCCAGAGUUGGAUUGGCGGGAAAUCAUCAUGAUCUCUCUGCUUUGUUUUCUUUCAAUACUUUGCGAACUCAUUCUCCUAGCUCCUUCACCGAGUCUUCCUCAGAUCUUGAUACAGAGCUCCAGUGUUGUUUGAACCGGUUGCCGAAGAGAACCAGAAGAUCAGAUGGAGAACAUGUUCAGGAUGGAGAUUUACUUAUCAUUAUCAUCAUUCAGCGAUCGUGUUUGGGGCAGACAAAUCGAGGCAUUCGUCGUUGCUGCAACAUUCAGUCUGUUUACUGCCAAGUUAGUGAACUACAUUUGAUUGAAUCCAUAAAAUCUUAACUAUUAA